AUGCUGUUAAUCUACAUUGGAUUUAUACUUAGUUAUUUUUCAAUAUGGACUAUUAAUUCUGUGAGAGCUGUUUCUUCUCGUGUAGUAAAUACUAAUCGAAUCAUUGAUUUCGAAACUAUUGGAGGUAUUCCUAGUGAUAGUUCUUUGGAUACUUGUUGGGCUAAUUCACAUCUUCUCAAUCAAACUUUUGCUUUGAUGCAAAAUGGUGAUAUUCUAGUUAUAACUUUCAAUAAAACAUUUUGGCUAAUGGGUGGUAUUUAUGCGCGUGGUCUUUCGUAUGUAACUAUACAAAUUGAUGGAAUUCUUAAAUUUUCUGAUGAUCAAACUGUAUGGCCUCGUGAUCCUAAAACUCAACAAGUUCAUGAAUGUUUCUUUUUCGAACAAUUAGAUCAUGUUACUUUUACUAGUUCAUUACCAGCAGGAAGUAAAGGUGUCAUCGAUGGAUCAGGUGAACAUUGGUGGGGUCUUGUAGAAUAUUUAUUAAUUGGUGAAAAUCGACCUCGCUUAUUAUCAAUCUAUAAUUCGACAAAUCUCUUAGUAGAAAAUAUAUUAUUAAAAAAUUCUCCUUAUUGGACAUUUUUGGCUAAUGAUAUUGCUAAUUUAGAAAUUCGUUAUACCGAUGUAGACGCACGUAGACGUCCUGAUAUUCAUUAUCAUGAUCUUAGCGAAAUUACUGCAUUUAAUACUGAUGGUUUUGAUGUAGCUGGUACCAAUGUAUGGAUUCAUGAUUGUAAUAUUUGGAAUGACGAUGAUUGUAUUGCAGUAAAAGAGCAAACUUCAAGUAGUAUUCAUUCUUCUUGUAGUGAAAAUAUGCUCUUCGAACGUAUUAAUGCUUCUGGUGUUGGUUUAACUAUCGGUUCAAUUGGUCCUUCUGCUGCUCAUACUUGUGUUCGUAAUAUAACAUUUCGUAAUUGUACUAUGUAUAAUACAUUUAAAGGUAUUUAUUUAAAAUCACGUCCAGGUCAAGUUGGACAUACGGGUGAAAUUACUAAUGUUACCUAUGAAAAUAUUCUUAUUAGUAAUGCUACUCAAUGGUCAAUAUGGAUAGGACCACAACAAGCUGGUUAUAAGGAUGCUUGUUCACUUCUAUGGCCUUUUAUACCUGGCACAGCGUGUCCUAUUCCAAUUGGUAUAACUUGGAAUAAUAUUAUUUUACGUAAUGUUACUAUUGAUAGUCCUCGUUUGAGUCCUGGUGUUAUACUUGGUAAUUCAUCGAAUCCAAUGUUAAACGUUUUAUUUGAUAAUGUACUUGUAACUAAACCAGGUUUUCUACCUUGGGCUAAUCAUUAUUAUGCUUGUGAAGGUGUCGAAGGUAUCGCCAAAGGGAACACCCAACCUCCACCACCUUGCUUCAAAAUAAUACCAUUUUAA